CAAAGCGACAGGGCAACGCGUAAAAACGAGGUUGGUAGCGCGGGAUCCGCUGUUGGAUAGCUCAUUCUUGCAUUUGCCGCCAUGAAGCCCCACUGCUCCGCCCUCCUCUUCCUCGCGACUGCCAUUGUUGCCGCCGGCCCCUUGGCACCGUGCGACCAAGCGCAGCUCAUUGCAGCGACAACACCCGUCAACUCGGGACCGGCCGCCAAGGCAUGCUUGACCAGCGCCUCGAUCAAGGACAUGCAAGCUCUCUUCAACGCGCCGCUGACGCCCACGCAGGCCUCCCUCUUCACAAAGAGCCCCAAGUGCCAGACAUGGUACUCGGCGUACACAGGUGUCCUCGCGAAUGUCACGCCCUGUGCGAUGCCCAACGGCCUCGACGUUCGAGCGAUGGCGACCGUACCAUUCGCUAGCUUCUUGCCCGAAAUGCAAAAAGCGGCUAAUGCGACCAAGGCAUCAAAUGCAACAACAGCGCCGCCGUCAAACAGUGCCGUCAUCGCUCCUGCUGGCAGUUCUGCCUCUGAUAAUGCACCGUCGCCGACCAAGACGACGACUACAGGGCCUCGAGCGGUUGUCAACACGACGUCGACGGCAGCCUCUUGGACCAUCUCGGUGGCAACGGUGACAGCAGCCGCUGUACUCUACUGGUAACUUGGUGCAUGAAGACAGCACGCAAUGACAUUGUCCUUUUCUUGCUUC